ACACUAAAUCUACCACUCUUGAAACUGGCAAUACUUCCCAGCCUCUUCAAGCUCUCAUCCUAGGUACAAUUAAUUUCCUCUCCCCUAAUCAAAGAUGAAGCUAGCCCGCAUAAUUAGUAGAACAUCAAGCUUUCUCUCUCAGUCUCAAUCACCAGACCUUAACAACAUUUACAUUUUUAGGUCAAAAACAAAAUUGUACUCAACCAAAACACUAACUCCGAAGAGAGAACAACAAACAACAACGUUGUACAGAAGAAUAUCACCAGUGGGUAAUUCUAAUGAAUCCAUAGUACCAGUACUUGAUAAGUGGAUUGAAGAGGGUCGACCCGUUUCUCAAAAUGAGCUACGCACCAUCGUUAGAGAGCUUCGCCGUUAUGGCCGCUUCAAACACGCACUUCAGAUAUCCCAAUGGAUGAGUGACAAAAGAUAUAUGCAUCCCUUUGUGUGUGAUGUUGCUGUUCGUUUGGAAUUGAUUGCAAAGGUCAAUGGAAUUGAACAAGCAGAGAACUACUUCAAUAACACUCCAAAGCUAAUGAGGACAUGUGAAGUAUAUGGUGCACUUCUCUACUCCUAUGCACAUGUGAAAUGUGUCGAUAAAGCCGAAGGUGUUGUAGAGAAGAUGAGGGAAUUUGGAUUUCCCCUGCAAACCAUAAAUUACAAUGCGUUGCUAAAGCUCUACUGCCAAACAAGAAAUAAUGAAAAGGUAGAUGCCCUGAUACAUGAAAUGGAGAAGAAACAGAUAAAAUUUGAUAAAUACACUUAUAGCAUCCUGUUGAAUACAUAUGUACCCGAAUCCGACAGUGGUGGCAUUGAGAAAAUUCUGAUGAGGAUAGACACUGAUGCAGAUCUCAAUAUUGAUUGGGCGACAUAUGCCGAUGUUGCAAAUCGAUUUCUUGGGGCAGGGUCUGUAGAUAAGGCUCUGAAAUUACUUAAAAAAUCAGAGAAAUUGGUAGCUUUUGCUAAGAAUAAGAAUGAUGCUUUUUCCAAUCUUCUUACUAUGUAUGCAACAGCAGGAAAAAAGGAAGAAGUGUUGAGAAUGUGGAAUGAAUGCAAAAAGCUCAAAGUACGAAACAGAGACUAUAUGUGUAUGCUAUCCUCAAUACUGAAGUUCGAUGACAUAGAAAAUGCAGAAAAGAUUUAUGAGGAAUGGGAAGCUGGUGAUCUUAGCAAAGACAUCCGUGUCUCAAAUUUCUUGAUUAGCUUUUAUUGCAAGAAUGAUCUAGUUGAGAAGGCUGAGGCUUUAAUGGAGAGUCUGAAAUCAAAGAACUGGGAAAAGGCUAAUGCAUCAACGUGGUGUUGGAUGUCAUUUGCUUACGUUAAAAGCAAUCAGAUGCUAAAGGCAGUGAAAUCAAUGGAAUCUAGUCUCGUAUUACAUUAUCCUGGAUCACGUUGGAAGCUUGAUAAGAAAAGCACGGAGAUGUGUCUAAAGUACUUGAAAGAGGAAGGAGAUGUGAACCGAUCAAGUAAUGUUGUAAGGCUACUUAAGGACAACGGUAUAAUCUCUGAGGAAAGUCAUGAGAGAUUACUUGCUUAUUUCUCUGGUGAUCAUGCUCUUGAAGAUGGGUUGUUAGAAAUGAUUCAGCUUCAGAUAAAGACUAAGUAGAGGCGCUUUAACAUAUGAAGGACCGUGCUUGUGAGAAGACAACAAAAGAUGGGGAAUAGGUAAGCUUUGUUUGGCAUUUGGUUUUCUUGAAGAAACUGAAGUGACGCCUAACAUGUACUCCAUUGGAAUAUUUAAUCUUGGUUCCAUAACAUAUUUGUAAUAUUGGACGGGAAUAUUGAUGUUUUGCCUAAUUUAUGUAGUGUAAAUACACUAGAGAAAGAAACUUUACCAA